UUAACGUGUUUGGUGACAGGAACUUUACGCACAAGGGCAGUUAAAUUCGUAUAAACGCGUUGCGAUCCGACCUUCCGACCGUAAUUCCUGUACCUGAAAAAUCUGGCCCCAGUGUUAAAGCCCUUCUCUUAUGUUAACUAUAACAUCCGGCUACCUUGCGAAACGCUGCCUUUUUAUGCUGCGUAGUUGCACCUGGCCGCACCUAUACCUCUUCCAUUCUCAAUUCCGCUCUCUCGCGUAUACCUUGGACAUCUCAGCCCUUCCCGAAACAAUUGCAGGGUUUCUUCGUUUCUUCGUUUGAAGUCGACUCAUUACAUCUGCUAAUUGUUGAUUGAUUACAGCUUCCCGAGGAACAAUCCUCAUGGCAGUAAGCUAAAUUACCUGAAAAGGAGAUGACCUUGUUCCUGCUUCUGUGGGAUAAAAUUGGCGAUUUAUUUCCUCCUUCAUUUACUGCGGAACUGAAGUCCUCACAGGGUGUCCACUAUCUGAAGCUUCGCAUGAAACGACCAUGUCAGCUACGUCUUCCUCUGGAAUCCUUCGGCCCCUUCUCUUCGCCAUCAUAUUGCUGGUUGGGUUUGUGGCUUUAUUUUUGAUGUAUUUCAAACCGGCCCGUAGCUGGCUUUUAGGACCUCUGGAGGAGGCAACAUUGGCUCCUACUGCGAAAAACGUCAUUGCUGAGCCGAGUCGGACCGUCUUGCUGCUCUGGCUUUGGCCCUUUGGAGCCCACUUCAACCUUGACGUCUGCAGCUCUAUGUUCAGUAUCAACAGCUGUCAUUUAACGGCAGACAGAAACCUGUACAACCUUUCCGAUGCCGUCAUCUUCCACCACAGGGACAUCAGAAGCGAUAUGUCUAAUUUGCCACCGUUGCCACGUCCCUUUUUCCAAAAGUGGAUCUGGAUGAAUCUUGAAUCCCCCACACACACUACAAAAAUUCCUGGUCUCAAUAACCUGUUCAACCUGACCCUGAAUUAUCGCCUGGAUGCUGACAUCGAGGUGCCGUACGGCUCCCUCAUCCAGACCACAGAGAAGGAAUUCGUUGUGCCGAGCAAAAGCAAAAUGAUCUGCUGGAUUGUGAGCAACUGGAACCCCCAGCACAAGCGGUCGAAGUACUACCACGAGCUCAAAAACCACGUUGAGAUCCACGUCUACGGGUCGGCCUUCGGGAAGCGAAUCAGUGACAUGGACUUCUCUCCCACCAUAGCCAGCUGUAAGUUCUACCUGUCCUUCGAGAACUCUGUCCACAAAGACUACAUCACUGAGAAGCUGUACAACCCGCUAGCCAUGGGAUCGGUGCCAAUUGUUCUCGGGCCUUCAAGGAAGAACUACGAGAACUUUGUCCCGGGGGACGCCUUCAUCCACGUGGAUGACUUCCCCUCCCCGAAAGAGAUGGCCGCCCACCUCUUGCUCUUAGACAAGAACGAGGAGAUGUACCGGCAGUACUUUCGCUGGCGCAAGUAUUUCACUGUGCGGAAAACUCAGUUCUGGGCUGAACACAUGUGUCGUGCUUGUGAGUACAUUAGAACACACAAGGAGUACAAGGUGUGCAAUAACCUUGACAGCUGGUACUGGGGUUAGGAAACUUGAGUUUGAGAUGCUGUCACUGUGUCUGAGGUCAGUCACAGUCACAUUACCUGUCUUGGAAAGUUAUAAUGCCUUUGAAAGCACUAUUAUGUGCUGCACUGUUUUUAAGCGGUAAUAUGAAGUGAACAUGACUAAUUAAGUGAAUGGUGAAAAAUCUAACUUGAAUUCAGCAGAUUAUAAAAAAUGAAGGUCUUGCUCAAUCUCUGCUUCAUGUUUACCUUCAGGUGUUGAUUAACCCACCGAUACUGUAAGUGUCUCAUGUCUUACUCCAUCAUCAUAGAGCACUGAAAAUAGAUCUUUCCAUUUUACUUUUCCAUUUUUAAAGUUUGUGUUGUUUUCUCUUUAGUCUUUGGGUUGGUUUACAUGAUUAUAUUUUGCAUUCUGAACCUAGGUGUCAACUCAGUUACUCAUCUAAAGUUUCUGAACCUUAUGUGAUGAUUUCAAGAAAUCAGAAUUUAACUUUAAAUAUUGCAAUGUCAUGUGCAAGUGUGGGGCCAGCAAACUGUUUUGUCCUGCAUAUUGGUGUGGUUAUUGGGGAGAUACUUGUGGAGUGUAAAUUGAUUGUAUUAUGGAAUCCGGGAUGGGGUUAUUGACAGAGGACAUGCUGAUUAACCUUCUUUGUAAGGGAGUGUAUUAUUAAAACCAUCCCCAGAAUGGCUUGUUUCAAGCAUUAAUAACCAAAUUGGCUAGCUAAAAUGACUAGCUACAUGUCUCCCAGUCCAGGAGUUAGUCUGUCCAUGUCAAGAAAUAAAACUUUUGAAGGAAUUGCAAGCUGGAUCUGCAUUUUUAGCUACAUAGCAACAAAGAUCUAACAAAAAAAAUGACUGGUCAUAGAGUUUCCCCACUGUGUCUACCUAAUUUAGCGAUAAAGAUUGCUAGUACUCCUUCGGUAGUGUAAGAUGUAUGGUCAAGUAGAAAACACAAGACUGGAUUAGGGUUUAGGUUGAUGGUUUUCCUCACUGCAUUUGCAACUUAAAUUGUUAUGUUAAUGUUAGGCUGGUAGCAUUGAAGGAACACAGUAAACUAUAAUGAGUAGCCAUGGUAACUCAGGAAUAUUACUAUGGGUGUAUGUUGUGAAGAAUACCUGCAGAUACUAUCAUGAGCUAAUAUUAUAUAAGGAUUCACAGAUGGUUACCUUUCUCUGUGCAUUAUAAAGAUUAGCUAUGAAUCAUUUCUGCAUUCAGUCUGGCAAAUUUCAACAUAAAGUAUCUCAGCUAUUGUGCAAUAAUUUUUGCUGAAAUGUUUAUGCACCAGCUCUGACCAUGAUGAGCAACAAGCUGUGACCACAGCUGCAAAAAUCUGUGCAGUAUUUUUUGCAAACAAGAUAACCCAAAUGAGUUAGCAUUUUCAUCAGACCAAACUUUGUUGUCAGACACUUAAGUUUACUUACUUAAAAUGUCAGUAUGUACCUGUUAAAAGUACCAUUGUCUUUGCUUAAUUGAAUAACCGUUGGGGCUGCAGUUUGAAUGAAUAAAAUGUUCAGUUUUCU